CGUGUUUUCUGUCUCGCCGGGUACAUUUCCCUCGCUGUUAUAUCCCGAUUGUUGUGCUUCGCUGGUGACCUUCACCGUUCCCACGUGGUUUCCGCAAUGCCAACUCAGUAAGUACUAGCUAUAUUCUACAGUUACUUUCAAAAUUACCUGCAGAACUCGCUCCAAAGGAUGGCUGCCCUCAAAGAGAGACACACGAAGAAGUACAACUCCUGAACCGAGUGUCCGUUUUGUCGGUGCUGCAUGCUCUCCUCCGUACAAUCUAAGAAAACAAAAAGAACAAAAAAACUUCAGCAUAUAACAUGGUCAUGGGGCCAACCGUUACACAGAAAGAUACCGAUAUCGCUUACGAUUAGAGAAGGGCGCUUGGCCUAGACCUUUCCGUGACAAUCAACAUCAAAGCAGAUUUCGUAGAAAAUGCGAUAUACCUCCCACGCUCAACAAAUCAUGAGAAAGAAUGUUGGCUCUGUUGGUUCCGCGUUUUCGGUUUUUAUUUUUGGGCGCAUUGGACAUAUGCUUUUCGGCGUUUAUUCAUUUUCACGAAAUCGGCGUUUUUCGAUGUUUUUCCUGGAGUGUGCAUGGUUUAAGCGACAGUUAUCGGCGAAUAGAAAUCACAAUGCAAUUUCCGCACGACGCUCAUUCAAGAUGGCGUUCUUCGCCUGCAGUGGCGUUUCACGGCUAACGCAAAAGUAAACGGACAAUUUUCACAACCAUCGUAUUUCUGUAUGGUUUUCUGAUCUGCAUCAGCAACUUGUUGGGCAUGUGUAGCAAUUUAUCUCUGUCAUCGUUCCUGGAACGUCCCCUGUAUUCGGUGUUUUUCGAUUAAAGCGAAAACGCGGAACCCUAAGUCUAUGAUUCGCUAAGGACGCGUUGUAGGGCAUACGUUGCUAGGGUGUAGGCCAAUCGAUAUUCCUGAAGCUUCUUGAAAGAUGUGAGCUGAGAGCUUCGGGUAAAUGUACAAGCAGCCCUAGGCUCCAAGCGCAUGCGGUUUCCCUUCUGCCAGCAAUACGACGUUAACGACCACACUCCGUAAACAGAACUUCACCGCAUAUAAAACAUAUAGGCGCAUGCGCCGGCUGUCACGCGCGUAUCAAUGGAAGGGCACCUUGCAAUCGCAGUAUAUAUCACAUGCCCUUGUAGAUGAGUGCCUUACUCCUCGUUAGCUCGUUUAGGCCUGUAAGCGAUUAAGCGUUUCGGUUUGUUGAAAACGGGAGACGUCUGUCUCUUUCUGGCACUUACGCAGCUAUGUAUGCUUCACCGUGUUACGUGAGUGGGUGAAGUUCUGUUUUAAGAGAGCACAGCGCCAAACAUCCACAUCCUAAAGAGUUAAAGUAACGAAUUAAUCUAAAACGUUAACUUCACCGCCCAACACGUGGACUAAGCAGAGUGAUGAAGUUCUGUAUACCCCAAUCGUUUAACAGGGGAUGAUGAGCAUUUUCUGAAUGACUUUAAAAGUAACUACGCAAAAUGUUACUAAUAUCAUGUGCAGCCCUCGUCCUCAGCGUGUUCUGUUGCUAGGGUUGCAGUUGCACUUCUGUUGCUAGAGCGAACAAGGACCGCAUACAUGACGAGUUCCUCUUAAAUUUGGCUCCCGCGUCUUAUUUCCUAUUUUCGUGCCCUCUCAUGGCGGAGAAACACAACCUCGUAAUGCAUUGGAAAGCCCAAACCAGAUAAGUUAUUUUGUUGCUAUAAUAAUUCCCAAUGCAGACCAACUCUAAGGCUGUGCAUUAUUCUUACUUCAGAAGUUCAAGUAGUGCAAUCAAGGUGAUGAGCCUCUUGGCAAGUGCCGUCGGAAUAACCCUGGCAAUAGUUCUGAUUGCUGCAGUCGGCCUUCGAAGCAAUGAAGCGAGACACAGAAAGCUGAAGAGGGACCCUGCCAUCCUGACACUUGACAGCAUUACAGGAUACAGGAAGCCCACUGGCCAUUCAAGGCAAACCGCAGUUCAAGGGCGAGUAACGGCAGGUCGAACUCCUUCGACAACUACGUCAAGAACUACGGAGACUGCCGAGACUGCAAAUGCGACUAAGCAGCUUAAGUUGCCGGCUGUCAAGGCCAAUCCUAUAUUAUGCACAACCGAUCGCCUGGGAGAAACUUCAAGGACUCGCGCAGCCAUCGACGUCGAUCUACCAGACGGCAUCUGCGACAUCCUUGUCCUGGACUAUUCAAUGGACGACAUCUUAAACCACAACCUACGACCAACGGCAGCCAUUAAAGCCCUGGAGGCAUAUUCACGAAAUGCGACGCUUACAAAAUGCGGAGUCAACUUUGAUCGCAAGAUAGUAACAAGUCCGCAGACACUCAAGGCACUGAUUGCUGAAGACCAGUCAAGUGUGCUACAUAACCUUUGGGAGAACAGCAUAAUCUUCUACGGUGUAUUGGACGGCGCAAAUAGCAACGAUACAGUACAUGAAGCGGAUGAAAUAUUAGGGUUCUUUAAGGAAAUCGUGUCGUUCAAGUCACGAGCGUUUGCUGACCCUGUCUACAGCUUCGCUGGAAUAAAGACAUUCAGGAACGCAUCAAUUGCGUCCACCAAUAUAUUGGUUAGUCACGUUCAACAACUCUUCAGCCAAGCCAAGCUUGAUAUACUGGUGUACCAAACGACGUACCGUGGUGACAUCGAGUGCAUGAUAACCGGACCUACGCCCUGGGCAUUUUCCAAUGCCCAAUACCAGCCUUCACUUAAAGGCGCCCAGAGAUUGCGGAAGGAGAUCAUCCUGCCUCCGGGGAAGGUUGAGAUGUUUGCCGUCACCCUCUGCGGUAUCUUUACUGACAUCGGAAGCAUACCGAGGAAAUACCGCGAGGUGAAAACCACAAGCGGCGGUGCUUGUGGAAAAUAUAGGUUCGGACUCGUCACCAAUUGGAUCUGCCAAUUUGCAAAUACCACCAACUCGAUGGGUUUCGCCCGAAGUGAGCGACAAGUUCAUGAGAUGUUCUUUGUGCGCUUGAAUGGUACUUUUGGAGUCGCUGUGUACGACACAAGUUCGUCUCUUGAAGUUAAGAUCUGCCGAGCGAAGAGCGAAUUCGACUUCCAGGGGGGCUGGGUUGUUCGUGAUCUUCAGUGCAGCUUCCCAAACGUCUGUGACAAGAGCAAGACCCACCAGGGACGCUUUCAACGAGUUCGCGCAGUGAGAGAAAUCAUGACCAGAGAAUACUUCAACAACACUUGUCCUGAGUACAAGAGCCUCAAGAACGUAUCGAAUCCGGCUAUAAAAUUAACGCUGUCAUAUACAUACCCAUAAAUAAAAGCCUCUUUGUUUCAACUCA